AUGUACCGCUGCGAGGAGCGGGUGCAAUUCAAAGCGGUAACGCCUCUAACGCGUGGCGGAACAAAAAAUGCACCAAGCCGUGAAGAUGGCGUGGAAAGAGAGGACGAUAUGCGAAAGUCGUCAGAAGCGAUAGAGGUGCAAACUGGUUUGGGUGGUGAGCGCGAUGUUGCUGGGGUGCUGGUAUGUGCGAAGGAGAUGGAAGACCCAAGGAAAGAAAGGGAGAUUUCCUCAAGUGCUCUCAUGCCCUGGAUCGGUCGCUGUUGGAAGAGACUUGUGACUAGACACGAAAGUUCACUU